AUGGUUGGCUUCAACCAAGCCACAAGCGCGGUCAUAUCCGUUCUAUGUACCUUAAGCGCCUCUGCUUAUGCUGGAGCAACUGGCACUGCCCCUGCCCUCCCGGCAGCCACAGUGUUCGACAACGCAAAUGGCGUCGUCGGGGGUGUCCACCGUCCUGCAAAGCACAGUCCUCGAUCAAGAGUUGCAGUAUAUGUGAUGCAUGCAGAAAGUGACUACAUGUCCUUCUCUGCUUGUACUCAACUUGCGGAAAGAGGCUUCACCGUGUUCUGCGCCAACAAUGCAGCCGAUAAGACGGGGCCAAUGUCCGAUAUCUAUUUCGAAGACGAGAUCCUACAGGUUGACGUGGGCAUGCAGUAUCUGCGCAACUUAACUGGUAUUGAUAAAGUUGUACUGUUUGGACACAGUGGUGGUGGUGCCAUGAUGGCUGCGUACCAAAAUAUUGCUGAGAAUGGCGCUUCUGCUUGCUCAGGCGAGGAAAAGAUUCACAAGUGUGGAAGUGCACUGGACGGAAUGCACCCUGCUGAUGGAAUUAUCUUGAUUGAUGCGAACUAUGGCCUUGGUUCCAUGCCUUUGCUCAGUCUCAACCCAGCCUUAACUGGCCCGCAUGGUUCAACUAUCAACGAGAGUCUCAAUCUUUUCAACCCGGCAAAUGGAUUUGUCAACGGAUCUAUUUCCAACUACACCUCCGAUUUCAAGCAACUAUAUCAAGCCGGUGUUGUGAAGAGAAACAACGACGUUAUAGAAUAUGCCAAGGGUCGCUUGGCUGCUAUCGAGAAUGGAACUGCCGGUAUGACCGAUGAUGAGCAGUUCUAUGUGAACGAUAUGGCAUAUGGAGUCACUAGCAACAAGUUCUUUGCUCAAGAUACCAGAUACUUGGCUCACACAACUCAUGCCUGGCCACUGCUCCAUAAAGGGGGUAACAUCACAGUGCAGAGAGUCCCUUCGGUGCGUGUACCUACGAACUUCGCCAGCGUCGCCAAUCAAUACAUCAACGGAGCUCUCAAAACAACAAUUAGAAGAUUUUUGUCGACAUUCGCUAUCCACGCUACAGAAGAUUUCGAUAUACUGGCGGAUGGCUUUAAGGGUAUUGACUUUGAUUCCAAUCAUUUCUCACCCUCCAGCUCAAUCAAGGGUGUGAAAGUACCGUUAUUGAACAUGGGUAUGACCGGACACUGGGAAUAUCUCAAUGCAGAGAAAAUUCACAUGAAUGCCCCAGGAAACGAUACAGCUAUUGCGUUUGUUGAGGGUGCGACUCAUCUCAUCUACACAUGUGUGGCCUGUGAAUCUUAUCCCGGAGAAUUCGGGAACACGAUGACUACAACCUAUGACUUUAUGGCAUCUUGGCUUGCGAAGGAGGGCCGUUUCAUUCACUCUUAA